AUGGAAAUGCGAAAGCUUACUGUUGCCCUCCUGGGGAUCGCCAUCGCUAUGAUCAUCAUUGCUUUAGCUAUUUCCGACUGGCGAAAUGGUCUGGCUUUCGGUGGAUCUAGCUACGAUAAAGAAGCCAUGGUUGCAGUCACAUUUUUGAUUAUCAUCGGUUUAAUUUGUUUAAUAAUUGUAUUUAUCCUCGACAUCGUCAUGCUCUGCCAAAGUACUGUCCCCGCAGGAAUGAUGACAGCCAGAUUUGUGAUUCUUUACAUCGGGGUAGCUCUUAUUAUGAUCGGUGUCUUGGUGUACACUUCAAAACGCGGAGGUCUCUGGCCUUACUUCCUUGUUGUUGUCGGAAUGGUCUUCGCUUCUCUCGUCGCAAUUUUGGCCGCAGUUUACUCCAGAUGUGUUUCCUCUGAACGUGUCGUUGUGGUGCGUUCGGCGCGUUAA